AUGACUGAGACUUACUACGAAUCGUUACCUACAUUCCUUCGACCUACUCACUACCAAUUGGUUGUCCACGACAUUGAAGUGGAAAAGGAUACAUUUUCUGGUGAGGUGAAGAUCUCAUUUGACGUAACCAACAAUACCAAACAAGUCCAUGUAAAUUAUCGGGAUUUGAAAAUUAAAGAUGCCACCAUUCAUGUCGCUGACGGAAGUAUAAUUCCGUUAGAGUCCUUGGAUGAAAACAAAAGCAAGGAGUAUUGUGUUUUGAACUUCACCCAGGAACUUAUCGCUGGUCAAGCCGGUGUAGUUUGCCACAUUAAAUAUGAUGGUCGUAUCCAUAGUAAUAUGGCAGGAUUAUACAAGUCGCUGUACAAUGAAGAAGAUGAAACGAAAUGGAUGUUAUCGACCCAAUUUGAAGCCACUGAUGCCAGAAGAACAUUCCCAUGUCUUGAUGAACCGGCAUUGAAGGCUACGUUUGAUUUGGAAUUGCAUGUACCUAAGCAAUGGACUGCCUUAGCAAAUACACCUGUGGAAAGCAUUUCUGAACUUGAAUCAGCAAACGUAUACAAGUUUGAACGCACUCCCAUCAUGUCGACUUAUUUGGUGGCAUGGGCUUGUGGAGAUUUUGAAUAUGUAGAAUCUUUCACUGAAGGAUUGUAUCAUGAUAAUAAGCCAUUGCCAGUUCGUAUUUAUACCACUAAAGGUGGUUACAUUAAAGAUGCUCAAUUAGCUUUGGAAAUUGCUCCUAAAAUCAUUGACUAUUUCUCCAAAGUGUUUGAUAUCAAGUACCCUUUGAAAAAAUUAGAUUUAAUUGCAGUCCAUUCCUUCUCCCACAAUGCCAUGGAAAACUGGGGGUUAAUAACCUACAGGUCCACUGCUUUGCUUUACAAUGAAGCCAAAUCAGAACCAUCUUACAAGCAAAAGGUUGCAUAUGUUGUGGCUCAUGAAUUGGCCCAUCAAUGGUUUGGUAACUUGGUCACUAUGAAGUGGUGGGAUGAGUUAUGGCUUAAUGAAGGCUUUGCUACAUGGGUAGGAUUCACUGCUGUGGAUUACCUUUAUCCUGAGUGGGAUAUAUUUAGCAAGUUUGUCUCUGAGUCAUUACAACAAGCAUUGACAUUGGAUGGAUUACGGAGUUCUCAUCCAAUUGAAGUUCCAGUUAAGGAUGCUUUGGAUAUUGAUCAAGUAUUUGAUGAAAUUAGUUAUUUAAAGGGUGCUUCAACUAUUUUAAUGUUGUCAAAGUAUUUGGGAACCGAAUUAUUCUUGAAAGGUGUUGCAAAUUAUUUAAAGAAACACCAAUUUUCAAAUGCAACCACUCAUGAUUUAUGGCUGAGUGUACAGGAAGUCAGUGGGAAACCAGUAGUUCAAAUGAUGGAAUCUUGGAUCAAAAAAAUUGGAUUCCCUGUUAUAAGCGUUGAUAUUAAUGAUGAUGAUUCCAAAUUGACUGUCUCUCAAUCACGGUUUUUGAAUGGUGGUGACGUGACAGAGGAUGAAAACCUUGUGACUUGGUGGGUCCCUUUGAAUCCUAAUAGUAAAACGUUGGAAUUAGAUGCUUUGGAGGAAAAGUCUGUUGAAAUCAGCCUUACUUCAGAACAGAAACUAUUGAAAUUAAACAAAGAUACAAGUGGUGCUUAUCGGGUUAAUUAUUCUUCAGAAUUGUUAGAUAAACAUAUCCAUCCUUAUUUGAAUGAAUUACUGCCCACAGAUCUUGUUGGGUUGAUCGCUGAUUCUGCAGCUAUGGCUAGAGGUGAUUACAAUUCAACAGUUACUUUACUUAAACUUUUGAAAUCAAGUGCUGCUGAAACCACAGAUGCUUAUGUUUUUUGGUUAGAGCUUAGUAAGAUACUUUCUAAUUUGAAGACAGUGUUCAUUGAUGAAGAUGAUGAAGAACUUAGCAAGGGUUUGAAAGCAUUUGUGAAGUCAAUCUAUGAACCAGAAGCAUUAAAGUUAUUGAAUGAGUUAAAAACAAAUGAAACUCAAACAAAUGACUUUUUAAGAGUCAAUUUAAGAUCAUUAGUAUUGACUGCUGCUGGUUUGAAUGGUAUUGAACCAGUGAUUGAUUAUGCUUAUGAAUUAUUUUCCAAAUGGAGUGAAACAGGAGUAAUUGAUCCUUCGUUCCGUCUGUUUAUAUUCACAGUUGUUGCUUCAUCUUCUGAAAAGUUUUCCAAUUCCAAAUUUGAUUUAAUAAUGAAGGAAGUCACGAACCCAAGUUCCUUAGACUCUAGAGAAGUUGCAUUAUCAGCUUUAGGACAUACUGUUGACCCUGAAUUCAGUGCUAUUUUAUUGGGAUUACUUUUAAAGACGGAUACCAUUCCAGUUAUGGACUCACAUUUCUUGGGAAUCCAAAUGUCUAAAAACACUGCAACUAGAAGAGCAUUUUGGAAUUUCUUCAAGGAGAAUUAUCAAUCAUUUUAUGAGGUAAUGAGCUCUAACAUGGUUGUAUUGGAUAGGUUCAUUAAAUUCACCUUGGGUAAUUAUCAAUCUAUGGAGAUGUACCAAGAGGUUGAACAAUUAUUCAAAGAUAAAGAUGUUCAUGGGUUUGAAUUUUCAUAUAAGCAAUCAUUAGAUCGGAUCAAGAUUAAUGCUGUAUGGAGAGAAGGGCAUAAGGAGGAAGUCAAGGAGUGGUUAAAAGCAAAUGGAUAUUAUUAA